UUUCCCUCCCUGGGAUCAAUGUGACGUCACCAGUGUAAUUUGAGUCGGGAGCUUUGUUCACUCUUUAAAUAGCAGUCCAGGGUUGAUUUUACAACAGACUCCCUGGAAGGGCCCAAGCUGAGCUGUGGAAGUCCCACAUCAAUGAAAGCAAAGCGAAGCCACCAAGAAGCUGCCAGCAUGUCCUCGUCUCUCCGUGUGAGCCCGUCCAUCCACGGCUACCACUUCGACACAGCCUCUCGCAAGAAAGCUGUGGGCAACAUCUUUGAAAACAUAGACCAGGAGUCCCUGCAGAGGCUCUUCAGGAACUCCGGAGACAAGAAGGCAGAGGAGCGGGCCAAGAUCAUUUUUGCCAUCGAUCAAGAUCUGGAGGAGAAAACACGAGCUCUGAUGGCCCUGAAGAAGAGGACAAAAGACAAGCUUCUCCAGUUUCUCAAACUGCGGAAGUAUUCCAUCAAGGUGCACUGAGCCUAGCCUAGCAGGAUGGGUGAGCUUAUCCACCAAUGGACCUUUAAAGACCCAGUGAGCCUGCCAGCCCAGGCAGAGGCAGCGUCCUGCGCAAAGGCUUGAGCGCUUCUUCCAACAGGACUCCCAACAGGACUCCGAGGAUGGAAAGGGACAGAACACAGCAGCGACAUAAACUCCAACUCGUUGCAGCCCUGAGCUGUCAUACUGAGAGCCAAGUGCCUCCAGCAGGCUGUGAGAACUCUCCCAGCAGGAAAGGACUGAUGCAGCCAAAGACGGCAGAGGCACAGACGGGACAUUUGUGGGGACUGAGUGCACGCACACUCUCAGGGUCACCGGCAAGACCCUAAGACUAAACUCAAACCUAACUUGGUUUUUGUGGUUGUUAUUUGGUUUGUUAGUUGUUUUCUUUUCCUUCUUUUUUUGAAAAAUAUCAGAGUGGGAAGGGAGAAGGAGGAAGGAGGAGGGAUAUCAAGCAUAAAUGCUUUACUGAAGUUUUGCUUUUUAAAUCUGAAUGUUUAAAGUGUGGCUAAACUUCAAUUCUUAGAGAUCAGUAAUUGACUGCUUGCAUUUAUUACAAUGCCUAAGAAAGUGCGUCCCCUGGUGUUAAAGUCAAGGAACUGGAUGCCUUGCCCAGCCCAGUAAAGCCCACCUCACCAUAUAUAUGUUUCUACAGGAUUUGUAUACAUUUCAAACAGGUUUGCACAAAGUUGAAAUAAUGGGGCCCUUCAUAAAUCUGAAGUACUGUGAACAAUUUUGUAAUUUUCUUACUCUCUGGCUAAGGCUAAAAUACAAUCGAAUUAAAUGUAAUGCAGACACGGCAGCAAGCAUUGGGAAGUGAGUAUGGGAGAUUUUAGAAAGAUGCUAUGGUUUAUUAUACAAGUGAUACAUAGCCCUAAUAAAUUAUGAUCAACUUA